AUGAAGCUUGCAUCUCUGAUACCUAAUAGCACUAAUGGUACCUGUUGCUUCCCAAAGGGUGCAGUGAAACAAGGAGGACAGAACCCAAUUGUUCAAAAGCAAGAACAAUGGAAGUUCCUCAAGAGCUUGGCUCCACCUCUAAUGGCUGCUGCAGUUCUGGCCUUAUCUCCAAUCUGCAUCACCCCUGUCUCAGAUGCACAAACCUUAGAUGUUCAAAAAGGAGCUGCAUUGUUUCAUAAAACUUGCAUUGGAUGUCAUGAUGCAGGCGGAAACAUUAUACAACCAGGUGCAACACUCUUUACUAAAGAUCUACAGAGAAACGGAGUUGACACUGAAGAGGAGAUAUACCGUGUGACUUACUUUGGCAAGGGAAGAAUGCCUGGUUUUGGUGAGAAGUGCACGCCAAGGGGCCAGUGCACAUUUGGAGCCCGUUUGCAGGAUGAAGAGAUAAAGCUUUUGGCUGAGUUUGUCAAGUUACAGGCUGAUCAGAACUGGCCAAACAUUUUAAUUGAAGAAAAAUGA